AUGGAUAUGGAUCUCUCCUCGUUGGAAGGCCCUCCCAUCAACGAUCCUAGAUUCACUAUUCCUUCCCCUUCGCCGAGAAGAAGAUACAUGAAUAUCCCUCGGGUCCAACUGGAGCAUGUGUCUCUAGCCCAGACCCCCCUCGACAGAACUCACCACCAACAACGGGGCAUCAUCCCCCCCAGACCAUCCUCGGCCGGCUCCCUGCUCCCCCAGAACAAGCACUCCAGCAGAGAUCGUGCCCACCACGCCCGCUGCAACCGCUCAAACGGGAAUCUCCAUCCCACCUGGCCCUGUGGCCAUCACCUCUCGCCGGACACCGUCCACCUGCACCCCUCAGAGGCCCGUCUCCAGUCCCAGCGUGUCUACCAGCUCGUCUGGCUCGAGAGCGAGCGUAUCUGGGCGAUGGUGGAGUGCUCUUCUUCGUCAGGAUGCCCAGAUCGCUCGGAAUCGCCGUCUCCCCCGCUGCCUAGACCCGCGAAUUCCGUCCCUGCUUCGCCCGUCUCGUCUGCUACGAUUCCCUCUAAUGCUUCUACUACUACUCUUGCCCCGCCGCCGACGGUGACUUCGCCUCCGAGGUAUCCUCUCCCGUCUCUCAUUCAUACCCAAUCCAUGGAUGACCGUCUAUGGGAGGAUAUGCUGGAUCAAGGCAAAGAGGGGCCUCCGUCGUAUGAGAAUCAUUAUUAUGAUCGUUUCGUUCCGCCGAUGAGAUCCGCUGUGCGUGAGUCUCGGUGGACGGAGAUUGCUCGUCGGAUUAAUCGUGUUGUCGGCUGA